UUUGUUUAUGUUUUUGACCAGGCGGAAUGGGCUUCCCAGGUGCAGUGGCAGAAAAGGGUUUUCGACGCUGAAAAUUUGACACAAUCUCAAAUCUUUUCUGGAUUUCAAAAGAUGUGGCGGCAUGACACUGACACAAACAAAUACAAACUACAUACAACUAAUAGAUUUUCAGUCUCAGUACACAACUUUGUCAGUGUUUAAGUCAACAAAUAACAGAGAAUGUGAUCAACACAACACAAAAAUAAAUAAAUAAACCAUUACAUCUUCAAAUUAAUAUUUCUUCUCUGUCCCUCAUGGAAAAUGAAAACGGUGUUGUCUUAUACAUAGUGACUGGAAACAUAUUCCACAAUAAAAUCACCAUACUGAAGUUUUGGCAAAAGCCUACGGAGGCCCUAAGGGGACAUGAAAAAACGGCACUUCUGUUUUGGUUUCCCACACUUUUUCUACAAUCUCCCCCGUCCCUGAACGCACCAUCUACUCAUUUUCGGUGGGGAGCUUCUGAAGACUGGACAUCAUUCGUCAAACCCCGGUGGAGAAUGAGGCUGGAAUACGAGUUGCUGGCCCUUGUGGGUGAAGGCUCCUAUGGUCACGUCUACAAGGCCAGAGAAGUCGGAGGGUCACGGCGCCUCCUAGCGGUGAAGAAGUUUCACGUCCCUCACGAGUCGUUCCACAUGGGAAUCCCUGCGUCGGUGAUCCGCGAGGUGUCGCUGCUACGCAUGUUGAGGGACUUCAACCAUCCUAACAUUGUCAAGAUGUUGGAUGUAUCAUCAGCUCCGACAGGAAAAAGCUUGCACUUGAUACUGGUGUUGGAAUUUCUGGAUCAGGAUCUGUCCAUGUACCUCUCCAAGGUUCCUGCUGAUGGUCUGAACAAGGACUGCAUCCAGGGCUUGAUGGUCCAGUUGCUGUGCGGUUUGGACUUCUUGCACACAAACAUGGUCCUGCAUCGCGACCUGAAGCCGGCGAACAUCCUGGUCGGCAGCCACGGGGAAGUGAAGAUCGCGGACUUUGGCCUGGCGCGUAUCUACACCUUCAACGUGGCGCUGACCCCGGGUGUGGUGACGCUCUGGUACCGCGCUCCCGAGGUCCUGCUCAACUCGGUCUACGUGUCCUCGGUGGACAUGUGGAGCGCCGGAUGCAUCUUUGCAGAGCUGUUCCUGCUGAGACCGCUGUUCCUGGGAUACACAGAGUCCCAGCAGCUGCGGAAAAUAUUUGAUGUAAUUGGCCUGCCCAAGCAGGAGGACUGGCCUGGAGACAGUCCCAUCUCAUACUCACCCCAAUGGGGGACCGAGGGCUUGUGCGCCAGGAUUUUGGCAGAUUCUGAGGCAGAUGACCUGCUCUUUGAUUUCCUGACCUUCAAACCAAGCUGUCGCAUUUCGGCUGCUAAAGCUCUGACUCAUUCCUUCUUCACCCACCACUGAGGACCAAACCGAAGUUUGCAGUCAUUGCCGCGACACUGUCUUCUACACUCUCCAUAUCAACCAGUUAAAAUGACAAAAUUAUAAAUGUUUAAUCCUUCCGUUUAUUCUCAAAGCUUUGUUUUUUAGGUUUUGUGCAUGGCACACGUUACUUUGGGUUUGUUAGAAUGCCUAUUUUUUAUGGAGCGUUUUCUUGGAAAAUCCAUUGUGUUUGUUGAGUGAGUAACACUGUUUGUUUGCAUAAACAA